GCUUCCACUGAGCUCGCAGAUUCAAUAACCUUUUGUUUUCUCUCUUGGUCAUUGCAUUCUUUAUUGAAUGCAAGCAUCGUCAUGUUUAUCAGAACAACUUUUCUCCUCUACUUUGUGGUUACACUUUCAAAACGUGUUCGUUGUAUGGAAAGUGAACUUUGCUUCCCGAUUAGAUUGGAUAACCACAACCAUGACAGCAGGGAUUUUGACAACGACGUGGAAAAUCUUAAUGGAAAAUGUGUCAUAAAAAUACGAGCUUUCCAGCAGGAAUUAGAGAUCGAUUUACACCAGGACUCUAAUUUCAUUGCCCCUUCCAUUUCUAAUCAAGACGCACUCUUGCUCUCCAACACCGAUGCCACCACUGACCUGAGCCGGUGUUUUUACUCCGGAUAUGUGAAUGCCGACCGCUAUUCUUACGCUGCUUUGAGCCUCUGUAAAGGUUUACAAGGUGCUUUCGGUUUCCAAGGGUGGGAAUAUUUUAUCAGCCCAGCGCGGAAUGACACCAGAAGCGCUGACGGCGCGCACAUCAUCCGGCGCAGAGCCAGCAACAACCUGAAGCUCAAUUCAACGUCCAGGUGCGCAGUGGACAGCGACAUUAGUCUCCAGGUUGCGCAGUCGUUGGAGAAAUACAAGCGACUAACAGAUGACAGCAAUGUGACCGAAACCAUGCUGAAGAGGAUGGGGAGAGCCAAACGGUUCGCCUCAGUCCACAGGUACGUGGAGACGCUCGUAGUGGCGGACGAGUCCAUGGCGACGUUCCAUGGAGAUGACCUAAAGCACUACCUGCUGACCCUGAUGUCAGUGGCAGCGAGGCUCUACAAACACCCCAGUAUUCUCAACUCAAUCAGCAUCGUAGUUGUGAAGAUCGUGAUCAUAUCCGAGGAGGACAAAGGACCCAAGGUGUCCGGGAACGCAGCCAUGACGCUGCGAAACUUUUGCACUUGGCAAAAAAAGAUGAACAAAAACAACGACAAGCAUCCAGAUUACUGGGACACGGCGAUCCUUUUCACUAGACAGGACCUGUGUGGAGCCUCCACCUGUGACACUCUUGGCAUGGCGGAUGUCGGCACCAUGUGCGACCCCAAGAGGAGCUGCUCCGUGAUCGAAGACGACGGUCUACCUUCAGCCUUCACCACUGCUCAUGAGCUCGGACAUGUGUUCAACAUGCCACAUGACAAUGUGAGGGCUUGUGAGGACAUAUUUGGGAAAUUGCAGGACAACCACAUGAUGUCGCCGACCCUCAUUCAGAUCAACCGCACCAGCCCUUGGUCCCCCUGCAGCGCUGCCAUCAUCACUGAAUUCCUGGACAGCGGCCACGGGGAAUGCUUGCUCGACCACCCUCAGAAACCACUGGUCCUCCCUGACCUGCUGCCAGGAGUGUCCUACAACCUCGACCGUCAAUGCGAGCUCGCGUUCGGAGAAGGCUCCAAGCCCUGUCCCUUUAUGCAGCCACCAUGCGGCCGUUUGUGGUGCACCGGAAAAUCCAAUGGCCAUCUGGUGUGUAUGACUCGGCACUUCCCCUGGGCAGAUGGCACACACUGUGGGGACGGACAGGUCUGCGACCAAGGGAUCUGCUCUGAAAAACAAGUCCAAAAUGUGAAGGUGGACGGCCGCUGGGGUAAGUGGGGCCUGUUCGGUUCCUGCUCACGCACAUGUGGAGGCGGCGUCCAACUGUCUAAAAGAGAGUGCAACAACCCAGUUCCGUCAAAUGGGGGUAAAUACUGCCAAGGGGUUCGGGUCAAAUACCGCUCCUGCAACCUGAACCGCUGCCCUGACACAGGCAAGACUUAUCGUGAGGAGCAGUGUGUGACCAGUGGCCGCAGUUUCAACAGUAACCGUAUCGCCCCCUCCGUGGUGUGGGUACCGAAGUACUCUGGAGUGUCUACAGAUGACAGGUGUAAACUCAUCUGCAGGGCUAACGGCACUGGCUACUUCUACGUCCUUGCACCCAAGGUCGUGGAUGGGACUCCAUGCUCCCCAGACUCCACGGGAGUGUGUGUCCAAGGGAAGUGCAUUAAGGCCGGCUGUGAUGGAAAAAUUGGCUCAACCAAGAAGUUUGAUAAGUGUGGAAUCUGCGGCGGUGAUAACAAAGGCUGCAAGAAGGUGUCUGGACUCUUCACAAAGCCUGUGCACGGCUACAACUUUGUGGUCAUGUUACCAGUCGGUGCAGCCAACAUAGACAUCCGUCAGCGAGGCUACAAGGGAAUGCUGAGUGAUGACAAUUAUUUGGCGGUGAAGAACAGCGAGGGCCAUUACCUGCUCAAUGGGAACUACAUAGUGUCAGCUGGUGAGAGGGACAUCAUCGUGAAAAGCAGCCUGCUGCGCUACAGCGGCACAGCUGGCCUCUCCGAGACCCUGCAGGCCAUGAAGCCCUUAGGAGAAGCCCUGACUGUGGAGGUGCUGUGUGCGGGUCAGAUGACACCUCCACGAAUCCGCUACUCCUUCUACCUCGCCCGUCAGACCAAGGAGGACAAGACUCUCAAGAAGGACGGACGUGUGAAUUCCCAUAACAGCGUCCUGGCCGAGGAUAGUGCCAAAGAGAAGAGAGGAGACACUCUGAAGACGUCUUAUAGCAAGGAGGAUCCGGCUCUGGGGAAAUGGAUAUCCACAGGUUGGGACCAGUGCUCAGUGACCUGCGGCAGUGGGAUCCAGAGGAGGUUGGUGCAGUGUCUAAGACCGGACGGGAAGCCAGGGUUGGACUGUGGUCCUUCACAAAGACCCCCAGCCACCAGGGUUUGUGGAGACCCAUGUCCUGAGUGGCAUAUUGGGCAGUGGUCGCCUUGCUCCAGAACCUGUGGGAAGGGCUUCAAGAGACGACCACUGGACUGCAAAACCCAAACUGGGCAUCUGCUCCCAAGGGAGCACUGCACUGGCUUUCGGAAGCCACAGGAGCUGGACUUCUGUAACCUAAGGCCUUGCUAGUAAUUAAAACCUAUGAACUACAGAUCAUUGUUAUCUUUUAAAUGGACUGAAUUGAAUCCAUUUGCAAGUAUUACACACACGGUGUCUGUCCGGUGCAGAUUUUUCCACCUGCGUCAUGGGACGCUUGCUUGUAAGAACAACUAGAGUAUUGGAAGGUGAGUGAAAAUCGCAGGGUGAAUGCUGGAAGAUGUUUGUCACUGCCAUCACUCUGACUUCAAUAGACAUUAUCCAGGUCUAACUCUGAUGGCAAAAUAGCAUAAUAGUCGAAUCCCUCGUACUGUCAGCAGAUACAGAAUACCAAUUUUCAAGCAAUCAAUGUAGUUUACCUUAUGAGUCUGGAACCCAUUUCAUGUGUUAACAAUUGAACUGUGCAGGUUUCAGAGUUUCAGCUGAAAGCAAGUAUACCAGGGUUGACAUGCAUAACUUUUUACAAACUGGACUAACAUGUGACGCCCAUGUGCUGCACAACACUUCACACAGAGAAGGACAAUCCAUUUAGUUAUUAACAUUAUGUGCAACCUUUUUUAGGAGUUUUUCAGGGAAUCUAAUAAAAUCUGAUGAAAUUAUUUGACUGGUCACACAGAUGUGGCCAUGUUUUAACCUGCUGUGCGCUGCAUUGUUUAUUCAGUCCAAACAUAUUGUUAAAAAUCAGCUGGUUUACAAGCCACUGCAAAAUAAGGUUGAUAAUAAGGUUGAUACAACAUUGGAUAGAUUUCUGCAGUAAUAGCCAUGGUGCUAUUGUUAUAAUAGGGAAUAUAAAAUUAUUUCUCAAACUUUCAAUGAAUCAGACAGAAAUGAUGCAGCCAGCUUUUCUCCGUCUCCAGGAGGAAGACCUCACUCAGCACCAGUCACAGAAACAGUUUAAACUAGAAUCUGAAGGGCAGGAAACAAUGGCCAGUGGUUUUGUCUGUGGCUGCCAGCUCAGUGAUUCCAUCAGGCUGCACCCAACACUGCACUACUCACCAGAGAUAUGGGCUUAGCAUGAUAUCACACACACACACACGCGCUGCGUUAAAUGCCUCCUGCGUGCAGCAUGUUUGAUCACUUCCUUCAUUUCAUUUGUCAACUGACCACAACAAUUGUCUUCUCAGCUCACAGUGUUCAGCCAUGUUAAGUCAUGCCUGUCUGGCACAGUUACCACAGAUAAUUUAUUAUCAAUGAAACAAUAAAGUAGAGAGGGGAAGAAAACCUGGCAGGUCUCUGUUAUGCUGUACAGAUUUUGUGUUUUCCUGGAUCUCCUUGUUCAUGGCCCCACAGCCUGAGCCAAGCUGUUCCUUCUACACACUCGAUGAAAUCCUGUAAUCCAUUAUAUUCUUGUUUUGUUUCUUAAAGGGGCCACAUUGUCCAAUCCAACAUCCCACUACAGGAUGGAUCCUGCGUUAGUUGGAUUAUCAUUUUCAUUAUUUUUUUUAUUAGCUUUUGCACUUUGUACAGCAAAAGAAACCUAUGACCUACAUGGGCUGUAUUGUAUACUAUGUAUACAUUUAUUCAGCUCUGUGCAAAAAAUAAUGUAAAUACUUUUUUAAUCUUUUUUUACACAGGCAUUUGUAAUUGUCUUUGACUCCAGUAUAUUUAUUCCAAAAAUAAAGCC